AUGGCUGGUCUCGAAUGGCACACAGGCCAGGAAGCAAAAUCAUUCUGUCCGCGAAUAUAUCUUUCGUCCUACUGCUCAAUCCUGAUGCUCCUCCUCAUGCUGCUCCUCCUUGUUGCUCCUCCUCGUCCUCCUCCUCCUCUUUUAGCUGCUCAUCCUCUUGCUGCUCCUCCUGCUGCCCCUCUUCUUGCUGCUCCUCCUUCUGCUGCUCCUCUUGCUUCUGCUCCUCAUUUAGCUGCUCCUCCUCUUGCUGCUUCUCAUAGCGCUGUUCCUCCUCCUGCCCCUCCUCGCACUGCUCCUCCUACUGCUCCUCUUCAUGCUGCUCCUCCUCAUGCUGCUCCUCCUCAUGCUGCUCCUCCUCUUGCUGCUCCUUCUCCUGCUGCUGCUCCUCGUGCUUCUUCUCUUCAUGCUGCUCCUCGUGCUUCUUCUCUUCAUGCUGCUCCUCACAGCGCUGCUUCUUCUGCUGCCCCUCCUCGCGCUGCUCCUCCUGCUGCCCUCCACCUGCUGCUCCUCCUCCUCGCACUGCUCUUAUUGCUGCUGCUCCUAUUUUAG